AUGACAACGAAUAGCAAUGGUGGAGGGUCUAUUGCGCCUAUCAAGCCCCAGUACAUAAUCGAAAGGGAUUUCAGGGCAUACAGACAAGUCGACGACGAUGCAGCAGAACAAAAGACCAAUCCAGCGUCAGAAAGCAAUGGGCAUUCCACUGAAACCAAACAUGACGAGAAUGGUGAACCUAUUGCAAAAGCACCAAAAUUGAGUGGUUCACAGAGAAAGAAACUUAAAAAGCAACAAGCAACAGAAGAGAGAAAACGUACUCGAGGAAUGAACACAAGUAGAAAAUUCGAAGUGAUCAGAGAUACGAAUGAAGUUUGUCAUCCGAUCGCAAGAGGACAGGUUUGCGAUCGUGGAGAUUUGUGUAAAUAUUCACAUUCGAUCAAAGAUUACCUCUCUACCAAACCAAAGGAUCUGCCAUUUCCCUUUCCACCCUCCACUUCAAAGCAAGGAGCUUUGAGGGAGCUUGACGAACAAGCAAGACAGGCAUAUCUAGACAAGCACUACAGCGAACAAGAGCCAUUUGCUCUAUUCAGCCAAGUACCACACACCACAUUUGGAUGCCUUGAUACAAGCACUUGCUGCCCUGUCUAUCUGUCAGAGAAGCAGGCAGCCACCUCCGAACAAGAAGCUUUCUGUAAUGCAGGUUGGGGUUGCCGCUUCUUGGGUGCUCACGUUCUCAAAGCGGAAGAAGGAAAAGGAACAGAUGGAACAGAAUGGAUCUUGUCCGGAAAAACACCUUCUGGAGGGAGCACAAACAAACGCAACGCACCUGAUGAGGUCAACUGGAUGGAUCCAUCUCUACCACGUACGCUCAGAUCAAAGCAAUAUCCAAUCUACUUAGCCAAAGCUGCUCUUGAACAGCUUUCGCAGGAAGCAAACGGUCACAAGAAACCUGAGUCAAAGCGGGAACACGAUGAAACGGAUGACCUUGAUGCUCUUAUGAACGAAGCACAAUCGAAAGAAGCACGUUUGUCGGAAGCAGAGCAUUCAGUCAGCUUGAAUGAUAAUGCACGUAUCAGACCAAGCGAGAAACGAAGAUUGGAUUGGUUCCACGAUGAGCUUUAUUUGGCACCUUUGACGACAACGGGAAAUUUGCCAUUCCGUCGACUAUGCGUUUCAUUUGGAGCAGAUAUCACUUGCGGAGAGAUGGGAUUAGCGGAUAGCUACUUGCAAGGCAGCAAGAGCGAAUGGAGCUUGGUAAGACGUUGGGAAGGUGAAAAGUGUUUUGGAACACAAUUGUGUGGCAGUAAGCCAGAUUUGCUCGUUCCGGCAGCAGAAGUGUUGGCAAAAGAAUUUCCGACCGGAUUGGACUUUAUUGAUAUCAAUUGUGGAUGUCCGAUCGAUUUGGUGUACAACAAAGGUGCUGGUUCAGCUUUAUUGGAUCAUCCCGGUAGACUUGGACGAAUUGUGCGCGGUAUGAAUGCUGUGACGGGAGAUAUUCCGAUCACUGUCAAACUUCGUACAGGUACGACAAGCACACCGACCACACAUAAGAUGUUCCCAAGACUGAAAGUCGAUUGGGAUGUUGCAGCAGCAACAUUGCACGGCCGAUCUCGUCAACAGCGCUACAAGAAUACGGCAGAUUGGACAUACAUCAAACAAUGCACAGAAGCAUUACGGGAAAGCAUCAGACAUCAUAACGAAGAACGACCGGAUGAAGAGUUGGUGCACCCAAUCCCAAUUUACGGGAAUGGAGACGUAUAUUGCUGGCAAGAUUACGAAGAAAACAAGGCACUUACUGGUGUCGACGGACAAAUGUUAGCUCGAGGUGCGUUGGUAAAGCCGUGGGUAUUCACAGAGAUCAAAGAGAAACGUGAUUGGGAUAUCAGCAGUAGAGAGCGGUUGGACAUCAUUCGUCAAUUGUGCUCUUACGGUGUAACGCAUUGGGGUAGUGAUUCGAUGGGCGUAAAUCAAACGAGAAGGUUCGUAUGUGAGGCAUUGAGCUUCAUGUACAGAUAUAUUCCCAUUGGACUUUUGGAGCAUCUACCUGUUCAUAUGCACGAUCGUCCUCCGCCUUUUGUUGGAAGAAAUGAUUUGGAGACUUUAUUAGCAUCCAAUAAUGCAAACGAUUGGGUACGCAUUACAGAAUUAUUCUUGGGCAAAGCACCAGACAAUUGGAGUUUCACUCCUAAGCACAAGUCCAAUGCCUAUGAUGCUGGCAAUGGCGGAGAAGAUCAAGGUUGA